UCGGUGUGUUAGGAGUGGUGGCUACAGUACAUGACUCACUUGUAAAACUUCACUCGCAUCGCAUUUUUGGAAAGCUCUGUUUCCUGUGUGCACAUGAACGAUAGAAACAUUUCUGGUUGGGUCAAUCAGAGGUCAUGAUAAGUAGUGCAGUGGAUUGAUGAAUCGUCUGGGAAGUGGAGUUGUAGUCCAUCAGAGGGCAGCAGAGACACAACUCCUGCAUGAGUUCACCUUCACAUUCAUAACUACCCCCCUAAAACAGCUAUUUAGCUUGUCCUUCGGAUUUCCUUACAUCAUGAACGGGUCAGCAAAAUAUACAGCGCCUACCGUGCUGGGUAUACAGUUGAAAAGAGGACCACAAGGUCUAGGGUUUAACAUAGUGGGAGGUCUGGAUCAGCAGUAUGUUCUGAAUGACAGUGGGAUCUAUGUGGCAAAAAUCAAAGAGAACGGCGCAGCAGCGCUGGAUGGAAGAUUACAAGAGGGAGACAAGAUAUUGGCGGUAAAGAAAAAAGAUAUAAAUGGGCAAAAGCUGGAGAACCUGUCACACAGUGCUGCAGUGGAGCUGUUCAGGUCAGCAGGAGAGGACGUGCAGCUACGCGUGCAGCAGAGGCCCACCAUGGCCAUGAAUGGUCCCACCAGUUCCAGGCUUGACGGUGAAUCUUCUGUCUCCUCCUUGGGAAUACUGGUGGCUGUCCUGGGAGCUGCUGCAGCCAUUACGUUCCUAUACAUGCGCUUCCAGCCACAACUGAGGAGGCACUUUUAAACCUAUGUAACUUUCUCCUCAAAGUAUUUUUAAAAGCAAAACCUGGGACUGAAAACUUUGCUGAAGGCCCCCCCCCCCUCAAAAAAGAAAAUAUACAGUACCAGUCAAAAGUCUGAACUCAUUCAAUUUUUUUUUUCUUUAUUUUACUAUUUUCUACAUUGUAGAAUAAUAGUGAAGACAUCAAAACGAUGAAAUAACACAUAUGGAAUCAUGUAGUAAGCAAAAA